AUGAAUUUUGGGUUUGGGACAUCUGAAGAUAUUGGGUUCGGGACAUCUGAAGAUAUUGGGUUUGGGACAUCUGAGGAUAUUGGGUUUGGGACAUCUGAAGAUAUUGGGUUUGGGACAUCUGAAAAAAAUAUCUAUCUUAGGAAGAAACGACAAAUCAAUUACGCCUGCCAAUCCACCAGAUUUAAGAAAGAAAAGUAUCGAACGAAAAGAAAGACAAAAGAUUUAGACCAAAUUCACGAAGAUAUGAUACCUAAAAAUUCCACCAAACUUCUGGAACAAGAAGUAAAUUUAGAUAAACCAGGCGGUGCUCAAUUUUAUUGUCUUCAUUGUGCAAAGUAUUGCAUAAAUAACCAGGCUCUCACAGAACACUUCAGAAGUAAACCUCAUAAGAGAAGGGUAAAAGCAUUACAGGUUGAACCCUACACACAAGCGGAGGCAGACAGAGCUGCUGGUAUGGGAUCUUACAAAAAACCUAAGAAACUUCAUGUAGAAACACAGUCUGUCAAAGAAGAUAUGGACACUGAACUUUGUGAGGAAGACAAAACAUGACUGUCACAUGAUCAGAAUAAAUCACCUGUGAUAAUGUUUGUUUGUUGACUAAAAAAUAUAAAAUGAACUAAAAAAGAUAAAAUGGACUAAAAAAGAUCAAAUAUGUACUUGAUGACUUGAGUACACAAAAGUAAAAUGUUAAAACUCUAA